AGUUAAAGUCGUGCUGGUCUUUUACGACUUGUAUUUUCACCUUAUUCCUUAAUUACCAGGUGAGCUGAAGUAACGUUUUUCUCCGCGGCCCUGUGGUUUGGCAGUUUCCCAAGAGUUACCGUUAAAUUUCAAAAGACAACGGUUAGAUUCAAAAUUUGAACGGACCUUCGCCAAGCAUAACAUCGGGAAAUAGCCUUUUUACAGUUGCUGCAGUCUUUUAUCCCUAGGACAACCGUUAAAUUUGAAAAGCCGACCGUUACAUUUGAAAACUUAAAGGCCGUUCUCUAGGCUUACCAUCGAGAAGUUCGCCAUGGCAGCGGUACUGAUGCUGGUGAUGUUGUCCGGCCUAACGGUGGCCUGGGCCGACACACCGGCCAACUGUUCAUGGAGCCAAGUCGCUGGACUCUGGGAAAUACACGUAGGACAGGGUGGUAACGACAACCGGUUGAAGUGUAGCGGCUUCUCGCCUGUGGAAGUGUUCCAACUGAACCUCCUGUUUCCGGAUGUUGUGUUGGACGAGGACGGCAAUAAGGGCUUCUGGACCAUGAUCUACAACCAGGGCUUCGAGAUGGUCAUCAACCAGAGGAAAUACUUCGCCUUUUCAUCGUAUAUACAGGAAGGCGGCGUUUACAAAAGUUUCUGCAACACAACGUUCGCAGGGUGGUCACAUGACCUCCUGGGAAAUGACUGGUCCUGUUACUAUGGCAUCCAACUGAAAUCUGGUGUCUCGGAUGUAGACCCUGUCACAACUCGCUUGAUGCCACAGGUUGACCAAAAGUGGACGGACAGGAAUGACACUGCCUUCGUCAAAGCAAUAAACAGUGCACAAAGGUCAUGGAAGGCAGUGACCUACCCAGAAUCCCACGGGUCCAAUAUGGCGUCCAUGGCAACAUUCCCCCAGAGCUAUCCGUCACCGGUUGCUAUGGACGAAGCAACAAGAAUAGCUAUAAGUCACCUGCCGAAGGAGUUCGACUGGAGAAACGUCAACGGUCAGAAUUUUGUCCCCGAGGUCAGGGAACAAGGCGACGGGUGCGGCAGCUGCUACGCGCAGGUCACGGCAACAGCUUUGGAAUCACGUAUUCAAAUCAUGACCAACAACACCCUCAAGGUUACUAUGUCGCCUCAGGACAUAGUGAGCUGCUGUGAGUACUCGCAAGGCUGCCUUGGGGGUUUUCCGUACCUCACUGCCAAGUACGCGCAAGACUUCGGCAUGGUCGAGGAGCGGUGUAACCCCUACCACGGACACGCUACACCCUGCAUGCCGUACCACGCUGAUUGUAGGAGAUAUUACGCCGAGGAUUACCACUAUAUUGGAGGGUAUUACGGCGCGAGUAACGAAGGUUUGAUGAUGUUAGAGCUGGUAAAGAAUGGACCAAUCACAGCCGGUUUCCAGGUGUAUGACGACUUCCGGCACUACAGUUCCGGAAUAUAUAUCCACACAGGUCUCCAGAACGGCUGGAAUCCCUGGAAGGUCACUGAUCACGUGGCCGUGUUCAUAGGAUAUGGCGUUGACGCAACUUCCGGUGAGAAGUACUGGAUCGGACAGAACACGUGGGGCACGGACUGGGGCGAGCUGGGAUACUUCAAAAUCCGCCGGGGAACCAACGAGGUCAACAUUGAGUCCAUAGGUGUCGCCAUGACACCUAUCGUGCCCAUGCCAUAAACUCUUAAAGGCAUCUGAUGCAAUUUCAGGGCAGGAAACUGGAGAUAUUCUGAAUUAGGCAAUUUGUAUUGU